GCUUGUUUUAGCAUGCCUAUUGUGUACAGGUUAUGUUGCUAGUCUCAAUUUGUUGAUAUGUAGUGCAUAAAGUUAAGUGCAGUGCACUCAAUCGGGACGUCUGGUUGGGGUCCUCGUUUCCCAAAUGUAACGUUACUUUUGUGCUGUGUUGACGUUGCGAACUUUGUAGGCCACGCUUCUAGCCGUUUCUUCGGCGAUUUUUCGAUAAUUAUCACUUUUCGAUCGAGUGCUGUGUGCUGCGUUGUGAUGUAAUAGUGUGUUUAGUUUAACAGGCCUCUUAAAAAGUUUUAAUUGGUGUUUGGAAAGUGGACACGGAUAUAGGUCGGACUGGCCCAAAGAAUUCGCGCUCCUUCACGCUUUUUCUGUGUGUUGAUGGAAUCCCCAAGAGCGCCGUCUGAGUCCUUCAAGUUCCUGCGGUGAUCAUGGCCGACACUGCAGCCGAAAAUGAGGCAGAUUCGGGAAGUGGUGGCCCUGCACAGGAGGCCCCUGACGGCACUCAAGAAGACGACGCCGAACACAACGAGGCCGAGCGUGUGACGGGUUCAAACACGAACUACGAUUCCAGCGAAGGCACCCAUCGCUGCACCCGAUGCGACUUUGAAGCCGUUAAUAAAGUAGCCUUAGCAGCCCACGUGUCCCAAGCCCACACCACAAACGAAGUCAAAAUGGAAACAGAAAACAAUAACUCACCACCCGACCGGAUACACCGGAAGAUGUUCGAAUGUGACGUCUGUAACAUGAAAUUCAGCAACGGGGCGAACAUGAGACGCCACAAGAUGAGACACACGGGCGUGAAGCCCUACGAGUGCAGAGUGUGCCAGAAGAGGUUCUUCCGGAAGGACCAUCUCGCCGAACACUUUACCACUCACACGAAGACGUUGCCUUACCAUUGCCCCAUUUGCAACAGGGGGUUCCAAAGGCAGAUUGCCAUGAGGGCCCAUUUUCAGAAUGAGCAUGUGGGGCAACAUGACUUGGUCAAGUCGUGCCCGCUUUGUAGCUACAGGGCGGGCUCGAUGAAGAGUCUGCGGGUGCAUUUUUUCAAUAGACAUGGGAUUGAUUUGGAUAAUCCAGGCCCGGCUGGGUCUCAGGCGUCUCUGUUUGCGGCGGCCGCCCAACAGGGCUUUUCCAUGGACAGUGCUUUGACUUCGUUGGGUAAUUUGGCGGGGAGCGUGUCUGUGAGCGUAACAGGGGCGAAUUAUAGCGACUCUGGGGAUUCCACUGGCGCUCGUUCGACGGAUAACGCAACCCCACCUAUGCAUUUUCUAACACCACACGUGGAGAUUUCAAUGGCCGAUGCUCCGGCGCCCGUCUUUUCCCCGAAUCUUAACGACCAGCGUUCGAAUUUGCCGGGCCAAAGCGGCGAAGUGUCCCAAAGGAUAAACGGCGAGUGUCCCGGCUCCCCUCAAUCAGCCGACUCCAAUUCGAAUGCUCCGUCCAGCAGCCAUAUUCAACCAAAUUCCCUUAGAAUAGACCAAGAAACGAACAUAACGCCCUCAAUUUCCCUCAUCCCCAUAAAACAGGAACCUGGAGACGAGCUGUACGACGUUUCCAAACGAAACGGCCCUAACCCAAGCACCUCUCCCUCGGGAAGCGUACAAAUGCAAACAGCGACCUCAAGUAGCCUUAGCUCGUUAAUCAAAGUGUCUCCGUUGAAGAGCUUACUUCGUGACGAUUUAAAGAGGAAGAUCGUCUCGCGGAUGAACUCCUCGCCAAGGGGGCGCUCCACCGCGAGUCCCAACCAGAAUCCUGAGACUUCGCCCAGUGACACGGCGACCACCACCAAUGGGGCUAUCACCUCGACGGGGCCCGAACAACCGUCGGACUCCUCCCUGUGGCGGGCGAUGGGCAAAAGGUCUUUGUCUAGUUUACAAUGUAUUUUCUGCGGGAUCGGAUUUCCAGACCAGACUUUGUACUUUUUGCAUAAAGGGUGUCACUCCGACGCGAAUCCUUGGAAAUGCAAUAUCUGCGGAGAGCAGUGCUGCAAUGUUUACGAGUUUAAUUCGCAUUUGUUGAGUAAAAGUCAUCAGUAGGCUCGAUUUACUUAAACUAUGACAUACUUUGUAAAGUUUAGAUUAGUUCAAGUUUCAUACAGUUUUACACGGAAAAAUUGAGUAUGUGAUAAUUUGUUGUAGAAAUUGUUGAUGCAUUUCUUGUUUUUGAACAAGUUCAGGGUUUUAUGGGUACAUUUACGAGCAUUCCGUUUAGUUUCAUUCCCUUUUGGAAAUUGUCCAAGUGCCUGCCGGUUGCCUAUAAGCAAAAUUACCUGAAGAUUUGCUCUAAACUCAUAUCCGUCCAUUAGUAAGAAGAGAGGUAUAUUUACAAGCAUGAUAUUUUCCAAAAUAUAUUGUAAAGCAAGUGCUUAGUCUCUAUAGUUGGAGCUUCAUUACAUUGUUACAUAAAUUAGAAUUAAGUUUUACAUUUUAUAUAUACAUUCCAUUUUAGUGUAUUGUUGAUUCCAUGAGACAGAAACAAAAUAGUUUGUACAGUAUUUAUUGUUAUAUUUUAUGGUAAUUUUAUUUCGUGCAAUAUAUUUUGCAGUGCCUUAAACAAAAUUGCACUCGGACGUUUAAGUUCAUUUAAAUUUUUUUACGAAGUAAGGAUUUUAUUUUCGUAGGCAAUUAUCGUAGUGUAGAUAGUAGGGCGACAUGUUACAUUCCUUCAGUUCAUUCAAAAAUAUAGAUAUAUUUUUUUUUUAUUUAUACACAAAAUGUAAAUUACAAAUUCUUGUAAUUCUGGUGAAAGGGUUAAAUAAACUUUAUGGAAUUUU